GUUAUUCAGUAUAUUUUCUGUCGUGCGUAUUAAAUGUUUAUAAUGCUUCAUAUAUUGAUUUAUUACACAGUAGCUCUACUAUGGCAUUUUACUCGCUUUGAGUCUGGCAUUUUGUCUGUGCGAUGAGCACCUGCCUGUAACAAGUAACGCCAUCACGGUAAAAACAGUGGGAGGAGAGAGGGGGCUAGAAAGAGAGAGAGAUAGAGACGGGGAAGUACAUGUACUGCAGGCGCUCUGAGUAGAAUUUUAUGCGAGAACGUCCGUCUGUACCGAACUGGAAAAGUGGGCUGAAUUCUGAAAGGGAAUUUUUGACAACCAUAACAAGAUGUGUAGACCUAAUCCGUGCUGUAUAGGGCAGCUGGCGUGCUGCUGUGGAUCGGCAGCCUGCUCCUGUUGCUGUGGCUGCUGUCCUAAGAUCAAGCAGUCCACAUCAACACGCUUCAUGUAUGUCCUCUACUUCCUCCUGGUCACCAUUGUCUGUGUCGUCAUGAUGUCACCUACUGUGGAACAGGAGAUGAGGGACCAUAUCCCGUUAUACAGGGACCUGUGUGAGAAGCUGAAUGCUGGUGAGAACUGCUCUACCUUAGUGGGUUACUCUGCUGUGUACAAGGUCUGCUUCGGCAUGGCCUGCUUCUUCUUCUUCUUCUGUAUAUUCACCCUACGAGUCAACUCUGCCACGGGCUGCCGUGCCGCCAUACACAACGGGUUUUGGUUCCUGAAGUUCAUAGCCUUGUUGGCCUGCUGUGUUGGAGGAUUCUUCCUGCCAGAACAGGACAUCUUUCUGGAAGUGUGGAGGUAUGUUGGAGCCGGAGGAGGGUUCUUCUUCCUGCUGAUCCAGCUCAUGCUGCUGGUGGAAUUUGCUCACAGAUGGAACACUAACUGGAGUUCAGGUGUGAACGACAACCGUCUGUGGUAUGGAGCACUGGCCAUGGUCACCUUGAUGCUGUUCAGUAUGGCAGUAGGAGCUGUGGUGUUCAUGGCUCUGUUCUACACACACUCUCAGGCUUGUCUGCUCAACAAGGUGUUCCUGGGGGUCAACAGCAGCCUCUGUCUCAUAGUCACCCUGCUGGCUAUAUCGCCCUUCAUACAGAGACUCCAGCCUAAGUCAGGCCUGCUCCAGCCAGGAGUGAUCAGUGUGUACGUCAUGUACCUCACCUUCUCAGCCUUCUCCAGCAAGCCCAAAGAGAUGUUGGAGGUUAUUGGGGUGAAUACGACAGUUUGUGUGUUUCCCUUCAACUCUGGAUCAGAGAGCGACAAGAGGAUUGUAUCAAUAGUGGGAACUGUCAUCAUGUUCGGCUGUGUGCUCUACUCCUGUUUGACGUCCACCACCAGACGAAGCUCUGCAGCACUGCGUGUGUGUAGGAACAGCAUGCCUGAGACUGAGAGAGCUCGCUGCUGUUUCUGCUUUGGAGAUGACACAGAUGACUAUGAUGAGGAGAAGACUGGAGGAGGCCAAAAUGUUCUGUAUGAUGAGAGAGGGGGAACCAUCUACAGCUACACCUACUUCCACUUUGUCUUCUUCCUGGGUUCACUGUAUGUCAUGAUGACCGUCACCAACUGGUUCCACUAUGACAACCAUAAGAUAGAUAAGCUGCUGGAUGGCAGCUGGUCGGUGUUCUGGAUCAAGAUGGCGUCGUGCUGGGUGUGUCUCAUCCUCUACAUCUGGACUCUGGUCGCCCCCAUGGUCUGCCCUAAACGCUUCGAGGCCUAACACACACCAACACACACACACACACUGAAACACAGCCCAACACUACCUUCAGCUUUCUACAUGGGGUUUUUGUGUUGUUUUUCAUUUCCUUUUUUCCCUACUUUACAUGGUUAAGCUAUUGUUUCCUUGGAGGCAGUUGCUGUCUUUUUAUUUGUUUACUACCUUUGAUACAUGGAGUAUUCUGUUACAUGCAGGGACUCUUCAGGGUGCCUAAAACAAUGGGCUGGACCAAAAUACAUACAGUAAUUUAUGUGGGACCACAUGAUCAUAGUGGUGCCCUGAUUCUGUUAUGGGAUGCCCAGCACCCUUGAGCACCAAUGUCAAUUAAACCCUUUUACAUGUUUGCUUACAUUUGUGAUUUUUAUGUGUGCGAAGCAUCUUUUCCCAUGAUGGACCCAGACCUCCAUAUUGUUCUGUUAUUCCCAUAAAGAGAAGUUCCAUUUCUCAGGCUCACAUAUAAGCUGGAAGUGUCUUGCUUGCUAUUGCGCCCUUUUGUAGAAGACGUUUUCUAUGCAAUGAAUCCAAAUGUUUUGAUUUUCCUGUCUUCACAUGGUCAUGUGAAUCAUUUUAAAUUAUGAGUAGAUAUGAUGGAUUGUGUCCACACUCCUUUUGAGACAUUUGUACACAACACUUUUUUGUAGUGUUGUUUUCCAAAUAGGCCUGUGUGACUAGCAGAGUGCUCCCUGGCUGGUAAAGGACUGCCCUGGGACCAGACUCACUAAUGGAGGGAGGGAGGCGAUCAUGGAGGGAAGAUCAACAGUUUGAUUUCAAACAUUUGCCAAAGGUAGAUCUCAGAAACAAAGAAUUGACACGCUAAAGUUUUUCACUACCACAAACCUCUGAUCCUUGGUUAGCUCUCUGUUGAAGGGUCACUUUCAGAGACUUUUUUAGGACUGUGAAAACAGAAGGGGAUAGGGUUCAAAACGGACCGGGACCUUAGCGUGUAGUGUAGGUUACUUAACACUGGUUGUUACUGACUGAACAAACCCAGAUCAAGACUUGACAGGGAGCAAAAAAAAACUUUCUCCAGAAAUCCAAAUGAUUCUGUUGUCAUACUUACAACCCUACAGUAUAUAACCCUUUUGAUACUAUUAUAUGUACACUCGUCUAAUAUGAUAUUUGAAGAAAAACUGGAACAUUUUUCUAUUUAACAUGAAGUCUUUUACCUUCAAUUUCAGAUUGCUGAAUAGAAUAAUCACAUAACCCUAUGAGCCAGCAGUUUGAUUCAUUCAUAUAUAUGCCAUAAAGUACCCACUGUGACUUUAGUUUCUUCCUCAGCCAUUGUCCUGAAGGGAUUAAAUCCAUCUGAAAGGGUCGGCUGUGAACAAUAGGGUUGGGAUCCAUCCAUUCAGCAAUGUCAUGAUCUGAAAGGGUUGGCUGUGAACAAUAGGGUUGGGAUCCAUCCAUUCAGCAAUGUCAUGAUCUGAAAGGGUUGGCUGUGAACAAUAGGGUUGGGAUCCAUCCAUUCAGUAAUGUCAUGGAUCUGAAAGGGUCGGCUGUGAACAAUAGGGUUGGGAUCCAUCCAUUCAGUAAUGCCAUGGAGUGAAUCGGAAUUUCAAUUCAACAAUUAAAAGUUGCCAUAGAUUGUAUAAAAAUAGAUUUGCGAAAUAUAAUUUCACUUGAAUUAACUGUAUGAUGCUGAAUUGACACCUGGUGAAUUGGAACGCCUGGUGUAAAACUGAUUUACUAAUCAAUUCCUGUACAUGUUUGAUAUUAGCAGAUUGUGUCCAUAUGUUAUUUCAGACAAGUUGUUUGUCCACAGAGCCAGAUAGACAUGACAUGGUGUUCUACAGCUCAGCACCAUUAGGUCAAGGUCAUGUUAAACCGUUAGGCUCAAAAUAGUCUGAUUAGGCUGUAUGCUGCCAUACCUGAUAUGCUGAUGUCCCUUCCUGUUCUCCAUUGUUAAGAUGACCACUAGGUGUGUACACAGGAGUGUGAAUGGAAUGUGAGUGUUUGUUUAAUUUAUUUGAACAGGAGCACUUGCGUGAGUUUGUCUGUGCAUAACAUUGUGUGUAUGUGUGUGCGUGCAUGCGUCUCCAAACACACUGCUCACACUAAGGGCUCUAUUCAAUCCGUAUGGCAGACGUUCAGCAUUACAGCGUGAUUGACAUUUAAAGGCAAUGUUCCCGCGUUAGCAGAGACUGCAUUCACAGUAAACGCUGUAUGUCUUGUCGGCUCCAUCGGAAAUUACCUUUACAUUUCUAUCUCCCAAUCUGCAACUCUUCAGCGAUACAGACUGAAUAGAGCCCGAAUUCUCUGUACACAGUUAGUUUGUCCUAAACAAAAAAUAAAACAUGAACAGCC